AUGAAGUUCACCGCCGUACUUGGUGCCCUUCUCGGUGCUGCCGUGGUUACUGCCGCUCCCGGUACCGCCAAGAGACGGGAGCGCGCAGCCAAACUUCUAGCCGAACGCUCUUCUCGCCGAAGUGGACUCAUGAUCCCGGAUAUUGAUGAUACCACCACCUCCCUGGACGUUGCCAACGGUACCAGCCAUGUUUCAUACUCUACCAAUUGGGCAGGGGCUGUCAUGAUUGGCACCGGAUACACUACUGUUACUGGUACUUUCACGGUGCCCACUCCCAAGGUCCCCUCCGGUGGGAGUGCUGCCAAGACUUAUUCUGCAUCCGCAUGGGUCGGUAUCGACGGCGACACAUGCUCGUCGGCUAUCCUCCAGACCGGUAUCGAUUUCAACAUCAAGGGUAGCAAGGUUACAUACGAUGCUUGGUAUGAAUGGUACCCCCAGGUCGCUCAUGAUUUCACUGGCAUCACCAUGGAAGCCGGUCACAAGAUCACUGUGACCGUCACCGCUUCCAGCAAGAAGACGGGUACAGCCGUCAUCAAGAACGAGACCACGGGCAAGUCCGUCACACACUCGUUCACUUCUGGUACAGCGUCGCUCUGCCAGACCAACGCUGAGUGGAUCGUGGAGGACUUCGAGGAGGGCAGCAGCCUUGUCCCGUUUGCUGACUUUGGCACGGUUACCUUUACCGAUGCCACUGUCAAUGGCAAGGCCAUCAGCAGCCCCACCAUCAUCGACCUUCGACAGAGUGGAAAAGUCCUCACUUCAUGCUCUGCCAGCAGCGAAUCUGUUACAUGCUCCUACGUCUAA